AAGUCAAACUCGAAAAAAAAUCAAUAACGAUGAUGAUGAUUAUGCACCAACCGAUGAUAAUAAUAAAAUUUUCAAUGAUUCUGAUGAUUCCUCUUCUGAUGAUGGCAAUGAUAAUACUGACGAAGAAGAUGAUAUGAAUAAUGUUAGCAAUGCUUUUAAUGAUGCAAAAAGUACAAAAAGCCUCGGAUAUUCUGAUAUGGCAGAAUUGAUUGGAAUUAUUCAAAAAAAAACACGCGAAAAAAAUACAUCAAAAUUUACACAAUUCGGGAAAGAAUUAAAAUCAAAAUUAGAUGAAGCAAUUAAUGAAUUAAUUGGUGAAGAUAACGGCGUUAUUAAUAAUUGGGCUACUGAAAUGAAAGAAAUCCACGAGGGAAUGAAGAGAAAAGGGAGUGAACACUUGGAAAGAGACGAUGAAUCAAUCAAGAGGUUGAAACUUGAUCUCGAAAACAAUCUGUCUAGCAAAAAAAAUUUUUUUGAUGAUUUGUCAAAAUUUGAUUCGAGUUCUCAAAGGUUUCAUCGAAAAUUUGUUGAUGAUUUAACACAAUUACGUGACAUAGAAAGAUACGAAAUAGAUGAAAAGUUGAAACAAUUUACUAAUGAACAAGAUCGCAUCAAUGGCUCUUUAUUACGUAAGAACAAGGAAUGUCAUAAUAUCUCUAAAUUAAAAAAACACUUUUUGCAAAUUUGA